CCUGGAGCUCCGGAGAAGAAUUCCAAUAGAAUUGAAGUCUGUCAUGUAAGAUCAUUUUUGACACAAGAGCACAAUAUUUCGCUAGUAAUUUAAAAAUAUAUAUAUUUUCCUAUCGCGAAAAAAAUGCUUUUAAAGAAGGUCAAGGUGCAUUAUCAACGUUCACUUAUCUGCACCGCCUUUAGUACAAAUGCCAAGAGGGGGCGGGGUCAGAUAACAAAAAAAAAACUUUGGAUUAUAGGAGUCACUUCUCGUGUAAAGUAGGCAAUUGGAAUCCAGGCACUUGUUUGCUGAGAUUAUUUAAUCUAAAUUUAAAUUAGUUUACAACAUGAAAACGUUCACGAAAGUCCUGCUGGCAAGUGUUGCCGUUGUCUGGCUGGCUGCCAAGUGGACUGCACCCACUUUCAAUGCAGAAUCCCUCCGAGGUGCCAAGGUCUUGGUGACCGGCGCUAGCACUGGUAUUGGCGAACAAAUGGCGUAUCACUACGCCACCUUCGGGGCCCAGAUUGUCAUCACAGCCAGGAGGGAAAAACUCUUACAGCAGGUGGUGGAAAAGUGUUUGCGCUUAGGAGCCCAGAAGGCCUUGUACAUUGCAGCGGACAUGUCCAGUGACGCAGACCCAGAGAGGGUCGUAGAGUUUGCUGUGGAGCAGUUGGGAGGUCUGGACUACCUCGUUCUCAACCACAUCGGCCCGAGCCCCUUCAGCAUGUGGCAGGGAGAUGUAGAGCACCUCGGGUGGCUGAUGAAGGUCAACUUCCUGAGUUACGCUCAGAUGGCCUGGAAAGGUCUCCCUACCCUUGAGCAAAAUAAAGGCGCACUAGUGGUGGUUUCAUCCUUACUAGGCAAGAUGGCCAGUCCCUUUGUGGCUCCUUACACCUCAACCAAAUUUGCGUUGAACGGCUUCUUUGGGGGCCUUCGCCAUGAGUUGGCCCUGAAGAACAGCAAUGUGUCCGUCUCCAUAUGCACGCUGGGCCUCAUUGACACCGACUCGGCCAUGGAGAAAGUCAAGGGGGUCACUAACCUACCGGCCUACCCUGCCAGUGAAGCAGCACUGAAAAUCAUCAUGACAGGAGCCACUGGAGAGCAGGAGCUCUUCUACCCUUGGUACACCUACAUCCUCACCCUUAGUAAAGACUUUUUCCCCUCCAUCAGGGACUACAUGGUGCUAAGUUCUUACAACUACAUCCCAUGAGUGUGACCUGUACUUUUAAGGCUAUACACUUCUAGUGGGGGCUCAGGUGCUUUGACUUGAUAUUUAAUAUGUAUACUUAUGUAAUUUGGGAUUAGACUAAAUGUGUCUAAAAUGUUCGCCUUGUUAACACGUUCCUCAUACGAUAAGUUUACUAAAUGUAGAAAAUGUUGAGCUGUGUCCAUGGGUGUUUUACUUUGAUCUACUAUAUCUCAGAGAGGAGAAAUAGUACUACUACUACUACUACUACUAAUAAUGAUGAUAAUAAUAAUAAUAAUGAUGAUGAUAAGUGUUAAUGUGGCUUGGGGAUGUUUGCUGUUUGAGAGGAUAAGUUGCAAAAUAAACUAAAAGGGUUUUUGUUACAUGGAUAAAAAGUUGAUGCACUGAGACAAAUAAAAUAUUGUGAAAAAUGUCA